AGGAGUUGCUGCAACUUGCAAGCGCCAUGUGACAAUGGCGCCGCUCAUCAGAAAAGUCAUUGCGGAUUGUUUGCACCUCUGGUGACAGUGACACGUCAAUAACCAUGUUGAGACAGGUGCAGCAAUCCGCCUCAUGGCACCACAGCGCCGCCGUGCAACAGCAGUGGGCGGUUGCACUUUCGAGCAGCGGGGCGCUUCGAAGCGGUUGCGGCAUCGCGCGGUUGCGAGCGGUGGCGCUCAGCAUUGGCCUGGACCAAUGGCCCCCCGUCUCCGGCCACUCCUUUUGCUCGUCGGCGCCCCCCCCUUCUGCACCACCCUCAGCAUCACCCCCAGAAAGCGCGGCUGCUCCCCCAGCAGAUGCAGGAAAGUCCACCUCCCCAAAAGAUUGGCCCAUCAUCAGGCGCUUUGCAGUUGAGUCGGCUGUCAAGAGCUACGGCGCCAGCACGCUUGCGGACGACAUAUUUGUCCUACACGGACCACGCGGUGUGGGGAAACGGACGGCCGUCAAAGCGGUGUUGAAGGACUGGGCCAGUCCUCCACAUGCAGUUGCGCAUGUUGACCUCUACGCUGCACUCCUUACCCCCCGCUCGGACGCUAGCCCUUCUCCCCCCUGGCUCAACCGACUUUACCCGGAAGCCGCGUCGAGCCCCUCCAACGAGAGCAGUGCCUCAAGAGCAGGACUGGCGCACCUGUCAAGCAGUUCUUCGCAGACAGAGGAACCCCGUAGCAAAGAGCACGCCGUCGACGGAGCGUCGAUGUCCCCGGACUCCGAAAGCUUCCCGGGUCCUGCCGUUUUUCAGCCCCGAUAUCAGAGAGCUCUCCGCACCAAUCUUGAGCUCGGGCUUCUUUCCGUUGUGAAGGAAGGAAUCCGGCGGAACAAGAUCAAGAUGGAAGACAUCUUCUGGGCGCUCACGUGGAGGCGCCACGUGGACGCCGCCCUCGAACGCCACCUUUCAGACGGCAGCGUCCGCUCCCCCGACAGCUCUAUGAGCUUCCGGCGGCUCAAGAGCGUUGCGGGGCCAGCUUAUGCUGAGUUAGCGAGCACUUAUGAGAUCUUCGAAGUGACGGACCCGGACAAAAAGGACGCAUCAGACAGCGGACCGGAGUUGGUGGUCAAAAAGUUGCAGUUCCGGAGGGAACCGGACCCAAACACAGGGCGGUUAUGGUUAGAAGCUCUGGUUAACGUCCCCGCCGUGGCAAAGAAACAGUACCACGAGCCGAACCAAAUCGGGCUGGCGCUGAAUGCGCUUCAUUUGGCGCGUCAAGUACUAGAGGUGCAAGAGGAGUGGCGGAGCCAGGGGCCGGGGCGGGGGGCGGCGGACGCGGCAACCGCAUGGAGCGUGUUAAUGAUAGAUCUGCUGUCAGCGGCUGCGGAGGCGGGGACAUUUGAGCCCAAACUAGUUAUUCACGGGAUCGAGUUGCUGCGGCAGGCGCCGGGGCUCGGGCACAGCCGCCGGAAACGGUUACGCCACGUGGUGUCCGGCGCGCAAUUCCACGACCAGUUAAUCUUGCAGUUGACGGAGCGCGCCAAAACGCUGCCCGUUAUACUGACCACUUCCGACGGGCACUAUUCGAAUGACUUCGACACCGAGCAGAAGUUCCUCGAAGCCCGGGUGAAGCCCUCCGAGUACUUUGGCUGGACGGCAGUAGAGGCCUCGGUGCACUUGGUGCCCCGGUUGGUUUCCCCCGCGCAGUGGGCCCGGUUGAACGACGCGGUGGGCCUGAACGCGCGCCACUUGGCGGAGUUCCAUUCGCUGUGGGCCGAGCGUGCGGCGGGGCUGACGUCAGCGGUGAGGGACUCAUCCGAUGAGGGGUCGCAUUUUGACAGGACCGUGGUCGAGUACCUGGACGAACUAGAGCGGGAGAGUUUCAGACCGGCGAUGCGGGACGUGGUGCGCAGAGUUGCGGAAAAGGGGCGGGAGGCGUGGACGGCGCGGCGCAGCUGGGCCCGGGGGCUUAUUCGGCGAUGGGACGACGUGCGAUGGGUCCGCUGGGCGACGCUCCAAGUUCUCGACUUCCUCCGGGCGCUGCAGCGAGCGCGUUAUGGGGUGAACUACGUCAAUUUGGCCGCGAGCGAGUUCCUCGAGGACGAAGUAGCGCGCGCUCUGAUGUCAGCGGGCGUCCUCUACCAGCAGAGGGAUCCCCCUUACAUCCGUCCGGUCACCAAGGCCUUCCAGGGGCUCAUGGAGGCCUGGUUACGAGACGAAUUGGUGAAACUGUCGUUGCAGGACAAAGUUGCAUAUGCGGGGCUCAGGCUCAUGAACGGGCGGUAUUAUCGGCACCUCGUGAAGCCGAGUCUGGGGCCCAAGGACUUUGUGAUGGGAGACUACCGGUAUGUUUGAGGAAGACCGCCCAAAAGAGGGCUGUUUCCCGAGAAAACCUUGUUGGGCAGGCAAACUCAGCCCUGAUUAGUACCUGAUGAGGUCUUGAUGUUAUCAGACGAUUCGAAGAUGAUUUGUGACACUGAAGCAACGAUAGCAUAAGCAGUCACUCCUCUUUCUCGUUUCCAGAUCAACUUCACAUAUUGCCG